AUGUAAUUAAUCGUGUUAAAAAGUCAAUAAUAAAAUUCUUAAACUUUAUUUGGGAGGAUGAAUCUCUUUAAGUAGAAAGUGACAUACUACUAUGAUGAAGAAUUCGGGACAUACAAUUAUUCUACAACACAUCCAAUGAAGCCAUUAAGAGUGGCCAUUACUGAUGAUUUAGUCGGUCACUAUGGAUUGAAAUAAUAUAUGAAUUGUAUUGAUUAAUCUUUUGUGUAAACAUACAUAAAAAGAGUAGAUGAAGACGUACUAACUUAAUUUCAUUCUUAUGAAUACAUAGAUUUAAUUAAGAUAAUCACUCCAGAAAAUAAAUGUCAAUAUGAGGACCAACUUUAUAGAUUUAAUUUUAUGGAGGAUUGUCCAGUCUUAGAUAGGUUGUUUGAUUUUUGCUUAUGCUAAACUUCUGGAUCAGUUGGAGCUGCUUGUGUAAUUGCAGAUCAAAAGAGCAACAUUGCCAUCAACUGGAGUGGAGGAUUACAUCAUGCCAAGUAAAGUGAAGCUAGCGGAUUCUGUUAUGUUAAUGAUUGUGUGUUAGGGAUAUUAGAAUUAUUGAAAACCUAUUAGCGAGUUCUGUAUGUUGAUAUUGAUAUUCAUCAUGGAGAUGGAGUAGAGGAAGCCUUCUAUUUAACUGACAGAGUGAUGACAUGUUCUUUUCAUAAAUUUAAGGAAUAUUUCCCAGGAACUGGUCAUAUUGAUGAUGUUGGACAUGAUAAAGGAAAAUAUUAUGCCGUCAAUUUCCCUUUAAAUGAAGGGUUAAAUGAUGACUCAAUCUAACAUAUUUUCAAACCAGUCAUUGAUAAAAUUAUGGAAAAUUUCAGACCUGAUGUUGUAAUGUUACAAGGAGGUACAGAUAGUCUUAGCGGUGAUCGUUUAGGGUGUUUCAAUUUAAGUAUUAAAGGACAUGGCACUUGCAUUGAGUAUUUGAAGAAAUUCAAUGUUCCAAUAAUAAUGGUUGGAGGAGGAGGAUAUACUCUUCGAAAUGUCCCCAGAUGCUGGACAUAUGAAACUUCACUUGCUUUGAAUGUGCCAAUAUAAGAUAAUAUUCCUGAUGAAUCAGAAUACAAAGUCUAUUUUGGACCUGAAUAUAAAUUACAUUUACCAAUUUCGAACAUGGAAGAGUAAAAUUCUAAAGAUUAUUUAGAAAAAAAUAUUGUUUAAAUUCUAGAAAACCUAAAAUAAAUAACCCCUGGGUGUGCUUAAAUUGACCAUCAUGCUAUUGGAAAGGAAAGCAGAUAGAAGGUUGAUUAUUAAGAAUUGUUUUCUGAGUAUAGAGAUAAUAGGGAAGAAAUGCAAAUAGAAUAAAAUUAAGAUAUAUAAGAAUGA